GAGUGUUGUGAACGCCAUAGUGAACACGACCCAUAGGCUACAACGCCAUCCUUCUACGCCAGGAUUUUUUUUUAAUUUUUUUUAUUAAAGGACAUCCGACAGAGGGAGAAGAACCCCGCUUUACAGUACAAUAGUGUUUUGAGGAAAGCGGCGGGCUGAUAAAUAUGUUGCAUUUUGGAUUGAUACCCCUCUCUCACACGUAGCCAUGAACAAAUGAAUUCGCGGGGUAUUAAAUUUAAAUUCCAUAAAGGAGAACGAGUCUUCUGCUUCGAACCAGAUCCAGCCAAGGCUAAAGUGUUGUAUGACGCUAAGGUCCUUGAUGUAUUGAUAGGGAAAGAUGAACAUGGGAGGCGAAUCCCAAAGUACUUGAUUCAUUUCAACGGUUGGAGCAGAAGCUGGGAUCGCUGGGCGGCAGAAGAUCAUGUCCUAAGGGACACUGAGGAAAGCCGUAAAUUGCAACGUAAACUGGCGCGUGAAGCUCUCGGUCGCAUGAAGAAAAAGGGAUGGGCAAAGAGGCGUCGUCGUCAUUCUGGUACUAAACCCUCUGUCAAGACUCUCCCUAAGGAGGAUGACAGUGAUGACACAUGCUUGAUUUCAUCUUCUGGCAGCAGCGAGGGCGAGGACUCUGAAGCGGACUCUUCGAAUAGCGGGGACAGCGCCUUCUCGGAGAACGUCAACAAAAUGAAGGUUGAGCCAGAUAUCAACAUCAAGAGGGAGAAUGAGGAGAAAAUUGUCCACGUUGACAUCAGUAUACCGGACAUCCUUAAGAAGAAACUAGAGGACGACUGCUUUUACAUCAAUAAAAGAAAGAAGUUGGUGAUGGUUCCUUGUCAGAUGAAUGUUGUGCACAUCUUGGAGUCCUAUGUGAAGCAUUUUGCCAUCAACAAGGCCUUCAUGGCCAAUGAGCGGUACAGGCGGCAACAGAAUACGACACAGACCAGCAGCCCACAGCCUAUCCCUCCAGAGAAGAAUGAGGAGUUGUGUAAGGAAAUGGUGGAUGGCCUGAGGAUCACAUUUGACUUCACUUUACCCAUGAUCCUCCUCUACCCGUGUGAGCAAGCUCAGUUCAAGAAGGUCAGCUCUUCUCGGCUUUUCUUGGCCAUCAAUGAAGAAAGCCCCUGCCCCAGCAAUGCCCAGCGAGAACGCAGUCCUAGCCCUGUGGGUCACAACCCUGCCACGCCUCAAUCAACUGACAGCCAACCAGCUCUGAGUGACAUUUCCGGUACCACGCCCACUGCCCCCACACCAAAGCGCCGCCGCCACCCUGACAUGGACUGUAUCUCAUACCAGUCUCUCAGGCGCUCCACCAGGAACACGCCCGGAGGAGACCGCCCGGCUGAAGGGAGCAGCUGCGGUGGAGGCAGUGCCACGGUGUCGCCAAAGCUCAAACGCCGCUUGAUCGACACCUCCUCCCAGUCAAAGUUCACCCUCAACCUCGACAGAAAAACUCCAGUGCAUAGCGGCUCAUCUUCCCCAUUGCCCUUGACACCAAGCAAAGAGAGAAGCGGACCUUUUCACGGCUUUGAGAGCCGACGAAACAACGAGCUCAAUGAGGUCCUGAGUUGGAAGCUGACCCCCGAUAACUAUCCUUUGAAUGACCAGCCCCCUCCACCUUCCUACUUGUAUGGAGUGCAGCAUCUUCUACGUCUUUUUGUAAAGCUUCCUGAGAUCCUCGGAAAGAUGCAGAUUCCAGAAAGGAAUCUUCGAGCCUUGGUCAAACAUUUGGAACUCCUUCUCAGGUUUCUGGCCGAGUUCCACGAGGAUUUCUUUACCGAGUCUGCUUAUGUGUCCGCAUCCGAGGCUCACUAUAACAUGAAGCAACCAAGGCCUGUUUACUGAAGAUGGCAGAUGCUCUUUGCCCCUUCUGGUCUUCAUACCAACAUACCUUCUCAGCAUGACAUUGCAUGUCUGUAUUUUCCUUAGCCUCACUUUCUCCACUGCAAUGUUAGAUACUUUUUUGAUCAACUAACUGCAGAAAGAUAGUUACUAUGUGCUUUAUUUGGCAUGCAUGUCAAGCAGCGAUGCUUCAGCAUCGAUCAAUAUCAGCAAAAUUAUUGGAGCAUGCAAAUGUCCCGUUACAAGCUUGCUUGUCCACACUCAUCUUUAGAGUUGUAUUUUGGACGUGUAGACAAAAACGACAUAGCUUGAGUCUUGGCCGUGUGUCCUUUUUGAAGCUUUUUUUCUCUACUGUUGUCCUAUCAAAGCGUUAGUUUGUUGACAGAAAUGUUGCAAAUUUCAAAAGCAUUGGUCUUCGCUUUCUCACUGUCUGUUUUUGGAGGUAUGUCUUGUGAACAAGUCUAACAGUCCGUCCGUGCAAAUACAUCUUACACAUACAAACAAAUUAAACUUUGUUUUACUUUUA